AUGCACAAGCGCGCGCAUCGCCGCUCUCCCGGAGACACACUGGAGGGAAAGGUCAAACUAAAGGCGAGGGAGCCGGGAAGCCGGAGGGAGCCGCCGCAGCCGCCGCGCGCCAUGACGGACGCGGCGGAGGCUGCUUUCUCUCCGCCGAUGCCGCCGAGCCGCUGCUCUCGCCGCGCCCCCUGCCCCCGCCUCCCGCGCCCCCUCCCCCGGCGCUCGCGCGUCCGCGCGCCCCCUCCCCCCGGCGCUCCGGGCGCGCGUCGGGCCCGGGGCGCGCGCCGGCUGGAGCGGGAGAGGGAGCGGGAGCCGGAGCGGGAGCGGGAUUGGGAGCGGGAGCGGGAGGGACGGUGGGGGCCGCGGCGGGCGGCCCGGCGGCCUCCUCGCGCGACCCCGGAGCCCCUCGCCCGGCCCCUCGGCUGGAGCCCGCCAGGCGCGCGGGACCCGGCCUCUGGGGGGCGUCGCGGGGUCAGCCUGUCUGGGGGCCCCUUUUGGCGCCCCCUGACCCUCGGGGUCGGCCCCCGGAUUGACGGGGGCUCGGGACUCAGGGGAGUGCAGCCUCCGGGCAGGAGUUGA